AUGGCGGCCAGGAUUCCAAAGUCGCAGUGGCAGAUGUCCGAGCACGUGGCGUCCCUUUCGUGGGCGAGGUGUUCGAGGAGAGGCAAGUCCGUUGAGAUGGAGGACAUCAAGUUCCACCAGUGCGUCAGGCUGGCUCGGUUCGAGAAUGACCGGACCAUCUCGUUCAUCCCACCGGAUGGCGAAUUCGAGCUGAUGAGCUACCGGCUGAACACGCACGUGAAGCCCCUGAUCUGGGUCGAGGCGGUUGUCGACCCUGGGCACUCGCGCUCUCGGAUUGAGUAUAUGAUCAAGGCCAAGUCUCAGUUCAAGUCCCGGAGCGUAGCCAACAACGUGGAGGUCCACAUCCCGGUGCCCUCCGACGUGGAUUCCCCGUCCUUCAAGACGUCGAUUGGCACCGUGCGGUACAUCCCCGACCAGGAUUGCAUUGUCUGGAGCAUUAAGCAGUUCCAGGGGCAGAAGGAUUUCAUCAUGACCGCCAACUUCGGUCUUCCCUCUGUCGGAGCUGACAACAGAGAAUCGUACAUGAAGGCUCCGAUCAGUGUGAAGUUUGAGAUCCCUUACUUCACCGUGUCUGGGGUGACGGUCAGAUACCUCAAGAUAAUAGAGAAGUCCGGCUAUCAGGCCUUGCCGUGGGUGCGAUACAUCACACAGAACGGGGACUACCAGCUCAGGAUGGUCUGA